CCCGCAGUGCAGAACCAGAAGCAGCCAGCCGCCCUCGCCCACCCAUUCGUCUACACGUUCACACAAGCGAAAAAAGCAGCAUUUGCUGCACCACGCCAGGGUCAGUUCUGCCGAGCCCGCGCGGAGGGGCUAGGGAGGAUGGAGAAGGCUCUCACCAAGCUCGGCAGCUUCACCAUCUCCCGCAAGGCCAAGCAGGAGCUCUCCGCCAUCGGCGACGACAUCUCCCGUUUCUCGAGCACUGUGGAGGAGAAGGCAAAAUGGGUCUUCGAGAAGCUCAAAGGCAAAAACAAGCCACUCUCUGAUCUCCUGCGUGAGUAUAACCUCCCUCCAGGCCUCUUCCCUCGGAACAUCAUCUGCUAUGAAUACGACGAAUCAAGGUCGAAGCUGGUGGUGCACCUGUCUAAGCCCUGCGAAGUGAGCUUCAAAGAUUCUUCCAUGAUACGUUAUGCUCCUCGUGUCAAGGCGACGCUGUCCCGAGGCAAGCUUUCUGGGAUCGAAGGCAUGAAGACCAAGGUGGUCGUGUGGGUGAAGGUGACCAGCGUGAGCGUCGAGAGCUACAAGUCUGACAAAGUGAGCUUCAUUGCUGGCGUGAAGAAGCUGAGGCAGAAGGACGCUUAUGAGGUCCCUCGCGAAGCCGUCUCUGUCGAAGAGUUCUGAGCUUGGCCGAUUCAUCUUAUCCAUCGUAUCAUUCUUGCCAUUAUUUUGAGCCCCUAUGAUGUGUGAUUCUUGAGGACAGAUUGAUGAUUGAUGUGCUGUGUGUCGUUCGGUAGAUUUGUAUAUUGGAAACAUGGAGAAUUUAUUCUGCCUGGCAAAAGACACCCGUGCAUGUUAUCUGAUCACUCCUUCACAUGUAUGGUGUUUCAGCAAUGUGAACAUUUAGCAUGUGUUCUGGUUUUGCA